AUGCAAAAAUCUUAACUGAUCAGAGUAUUGAGUGAUUCAAAUAAAUCCCUAAAUCCUUUUGCUAUGUCAAGACAAUCAAGCCAAGAGACACCAACAAAUCAAGGAAAUACUAGUUAAAGUUAGACAUCUGAGAAAGAAAUUGCACGUUUGACUAGAUUGGUGGGGUCAUUAAAAAAAGAAAACGAAUCCUUGCUACUCAAAAUUAAGUAGUUUGAAGAGAUAGAUUACAAAGGCAAAAUCUAAACUCUAGAAUAAAAAAACAAAUAGUUAGAAUCAUAAAUAGAUACUUUUAAAAAAUUACCAAUCGAUUAAAUCAAGACCUUAAUUGAUGAUAAUGAAAGAUUAACGAGCAUAGUUGAAAAUUAGUCAACCAAAAUUAAGACACUUUUAACAUAAAUUGAUGAUUUAAAGGAUUCCUCAUUUCAUAAUGAAGGAAAAAAUGAAAUCAUUAUUGCCAUGAUAUAAGUAAGGAUUUCAAUUAAAUUAAAGGAACUUGAAAAUCAGAAACUGUACGUCUAAGAUGAAUACAAGAGAUAACAAAUUAUGAAUAAGGAAAAAUAAACCCUCUACCUUGAGUUAUAAAUGGCAAAACAAUAAAUUAAGGAUCUAAAUCAAACCAUUGAGAAAAUAAAGAUGAUCAACUUGGAGAGCAGUGAACCUUGUGACCUACUUCAUUAGGAUUAUCUGAAAAGCCAUGAGGCAGUCUUAGCUUUCGUUAAAAAUUAAUACUGA